AUGAACACCCUCCCAAAGGACCACCCAUCCACUGAAAACGCAAAGACCGACACCUGUCCCGUCACAAACGCCAAACUCUCCCACCACAAGGAUGUCGUACACUCGCACCCAAAGGUCGCUGAUGGCGCCACCGAGAAGGAUUGUCCCGUCCUGUCAAAAGCCGCCGAAGACAAGGUUUGUCCUGUUGUGGGAACGGCUAGUAAGGCAUUGCCACCCAACCAUCCAUCCACGGCGGAUGCCAAGGAAGGUGAAGUGUGUCCUGUAACGCAGGCAACAGCAUCGCACCACAAGGAUGUCAUGCAUGACCACCCUGCUGUGGCAAAAGACGCGUCAGCCAAGCAGUGCCCUGUUGCUGGAAAGAAGGGCGCAUCGGAAUUGACGCGCGAGCGUGACGACAAUGAGGAAGAGGUGGAAGGUGAGAAUGGUAAGAAGGCAAAGAAGCAAAAGACUCAGAAGGACGGCGCUGCUUCUUGUCCUGUAACGGGUUCUGAAAUGAAGACGUUGCCUGCUGAUCACCCGGCACUGGAGGAUGGCAAGACGUGCCCCAAGACUGGUGCCACCAAGGAACAUCACGCAGAUGUCGUUCACGAGCACUCAAAAGUCAGCAAGGACGCGUCAGAGAAGGACUGCCCCGUGGCGAGCAAGAAGGAUCAAUCCAAGACCGAGCAAAAGGAGAAUGGUCAAUGCCCUGUGACCGGCAGCUCGGUCCACACACUGCCACCUGACCACCCAUCGACUGAAGAUGCAAAGGAAGGUGCAGAGUGUCCUGUGACCAAGGCGACAGUCAGUCACCACAAGGAGGUCGUGCACGAGCACCCAAAAGUAUCCAAGGACGCCUCGAAGGAGGACUGUCCUGUUGCCUCCAAGUAG